AUGUGUCAAUUUGCAAUCACUAGUGCAGAUAUCCUACUUACACACACCUUCGUCUCUCCAACAGAUGAGUCUCUAGUCCGGAUCCCACUGACACCACAGUUUGCAGCAACAUGUGGCUUCACUGUCACCUCCGAUAAAAGGGGCAAUCUUGAGAUCCGGGUUUCAUUCCUUGCCUGUCUGGUUCAGAAUGAUAAUGAUGACACCUUUACUCUAACCAUGCACUUGAGUGUCGAGAACCAGUUCAUUCCUCAUCACUUCUCCACUUACACUUUCUCAAUGACCUGUGGACUUGCUUAUCACUGGAGUUCAAGAGAAAUAGUUUGUGAAGAAAACUACAUGGAGGUCUCCGUUAGGAGGUUGUUUCCCGGUAUUGCUGAAGAGCAAAUGGAAAUUGAGGAUUGGGAAGCAGUUAUUCCAGCAGCUCAAGAGGCUAUAACCUCAGUGUGGCAGAUUGUAUUCCAAAUGGGUGAAGGGGAGAAUCUACAGCUGAAGACCAUGACCACCACAGAAGCCCACUCCCUCGGCUAUGGGGUUAACACCACUGCAUCUCGUGUCGUGUUCCGAGCCCCUUACAAUUCCACUGAAUCCAGUAUUAUAAUGAUUGAGAAUAUGCCAGUUGAAAGCAUUAAAGCAACAGUUUUCUACAAGCAAAGGUGGCUGAUCCUGUUGGUUGACAGCUCUACUGCUUGUCCAGUUGGCCCUGGCAUCUUAAAAGAUGACAGGCUGGUUUGGCCUACACCCAGGGUUUUGGAGCCAUUGGUGUUCCCUGCCAAUAUCACUGCUGACAUGAUCACCAUGGGUGUAGAAGGGAAACUUCUGGACGAUCUGACUCUUCAGAGAAGAGGUUAUGACCUUCAUAUCAAUGCUUCUGUCAUUGCCAUCGCUGUCCCAGUUGGAGCAGUGGGAGGCUGGAGCAAGAGUCAUGCAAUCAAUAACACCUAUGGGAUCAUCUACAGUAUCUACUUGCUUCUGGAACACCAGUGGCUAGAUCACCUACAGGAACUGACUCAGCACAGGGUGUAUCGCCUGGUAUCAACUCCCUUCAUACCAAAGGUUCCACAUCUCAUUGAUACUGACACUACUCAUCCUAAGCAACACUUCAACAUCUCAGUGGGGCCAUUCCUUCCUGAUGUGGAGCUGGUGUCCAUUACAGUGGCAGGCAAGAAUAUCUCUAUCAAUGACAUGAAGAAACAUGGCUACAACAUCUACCCAACCUAUUAUCCCAAUGAUACCAUGGACUUCAUUAUAGUGGCAGAUGUUGGGGCCCCAUUCAUAAAACAGCAGUACCUGCAUGAUGACAUCAGAAGAUAUACAAUGAACAUGACAUUAAACUUUGCUACAAUACCAGACAAUGAGACCUUUGCAAUACCAGUGGUAAUAACAGCUGAUGUGCAUGAUGUUGUGCUGCCAGUCAUGAAGGGAUACUGUCUUAAUGAUACCCUCUACCUGCUCCUGCAACAUGGUAAUCUGGAUCACUACUGGCUUCCUUAUGUAGCUGAUGAGCCCCUGACCUAUGAGCUAGCUCAGAGCUAUGGUUAUACAGCCUUGGAGAAUGGUACACACUUCUCCUUGGAAGUCCCCUUCAAUUCUCCAGGAGUUGUCUACAAGGAAGUUUCUCUACACGAAUUGCAAGCAAGGAUUGACUUCAGUCUGAAGGACAACCAGACACUGAAGGUCUACAGCAGUUUCACAGUAGAAUGUAACUUCUCCAUUCCUGAGAAGGAAGUGCUGGUGUGCUUCCAGAAUGGUACUGUGGCCAUCACUGUCAAGCCAUCAGUCACCCUCCCAGAGAUUGAUAUUUCUAAGCUUGUGCUGAAAGAUCCCAAAUGUGGACCCAAAGAACACAAUGCAAUGAAGGUGCUCUUUGUGUUUGAUAUCGACUCCUGUGGAACCAUUGGAAGGAUCACAAAUGAUUUUCUCAUCUAUGAGAAUGAGAUCUCUUACUUGAGAGAAGCCAUCCCAAUUGACAUCCCCAUAAUAACCAGAGAUCCUGACUACAGGUUGACUAUUCUGUGUCGUUACCCAGUCAACGAGACUCUGACCAUCCAAGCACGGUUUGGCCAUAUCCCCAUGGGAUUCCAACUGUCUGAUAGUAUCCAAUGACAUGGUUUUUUACCUCUUCCAGGUGAAAAGAGGAAUGGUCUGAAUCUGCAUGCAAGGCUGGCAAGAGACUUGUCCUACACUACCUUCUACAAGGAUGAAGACUACCCAGUGCCUGUCCACUUGAACCAACCACUCUAUUUUGAGAUUGAGCUGUAUAACCAGAAUCCCAAUGUUGAGUUGUUCCUGGAAAACUGCUGGGCCACUCCAUCAGAGGAGCUGGCUGGACAGCCACAGUGGGAUAUCAUUGUGGAUGGCUGUGCAAACCACAUGGAGACCUACACCAGCACCUUUCACCCUGUCCUUAGUAAGGAUGUGGAGAAUCCUUUCUCUCUGAAGAGGUUUGAAGUCAAGACCCUUGUCUCCAAUAACUCUGGUGGAUUGGAGGGUCUGGUGUACUUCCACUGCAAUGUAGCAAUUUGUGACUUGAGCAAUCCAGAUUCCUUUUGUAGAAGAACAUGUGCUCCUAGCAAGAGAGGAGGCCACACAAUCAAUCACUCCACUAGAGAGUUCCAUGGUGCUGUAUCCUCUGGGCCUAUCAACAUCCUGACUCGAGGAGUGAGCCAGUUUCCAAAUGUUACCACUGGAGCCCACUGGAAGCUGUCACGAGUAGUGUUACUGGCUGUUGGUAUUGCUGUUGUCAGCAGCCUCCUGCUUCUAGCUGUGACUUAUGCUGUAGAGAGUCAGGUGGAUAAUGGGCAGAUAGCCAAUAUCAGCAGGAACGUGAGUAAGACAGACUCAGCAGCUGUCCAUGAGGCCCGAAUGAGCUCGGGUAAUUAG